AGCAGCCGCCGCAGCGCGAACAUGGACGCCGUCAACGCCUUCAACCAGGAGCUCUUUUCACUCAUGGAUAUGAAGCCUCCCAUUUCUCGGGCUAAGAUGAUUCUCAUUACUAAAGCUGCCAUUAAAGCCAUUAAGCUUUACAAGCAUGUAGUCCAGAUUGUAGAAAAGUUCAUCAAGAAGUGUAAACCAGAAUAUAAGGUUCCAGGACUAUAUGUAAUUGACUCAAUUGUGCGGCAGUCUCGUCAUCAGUUUGGAACAGACAAGGAUGUUUUUGGGCCAAGAUUCUCUAAAAAUAUAACAGCCACAUUCCAGUAUUUAUAUCUCUGUCCAUCUGAAGAUAAGACAGUUGCCCAUCCUCUUGUCUCCAUGUCCCCCCAAAAUCCUGUGCCUGGACAGCAUUCUCUCUUCAUCUCCGUCUCAGAAAUCUUCACUUUUCUUCAGGACACAGCUCAAGCAUCACCUUUUAUAUGA